UGUGUGUGUGUGUGUGUGUGUGUGUUUGUGUGUGUGUGGGCGUGUGUGGGCGUGCACGUGUGUGUCUCAGCACUCCCCAUCCCCAGUCUUUCCUUCCGGCUGGUGUGGAGUUGCUCUGAUCACAGGCAGACUGCUAAUGUGCUGACAGAAGGACUGAGAGCUGAAAAGGUUGUUAUAGCUCAGACACACACUGGCCUCAGAGACAACUUGGCCAACUUGGUUUUAGAAUCAGAAUAUUAAUGUACGACAUGUUGGCUCUCUGCUCCAAGACAGUUAGGCUAAAGUCUAGUUAGAAUACAAAUGAGAAUGUUGUUGUCGUGAUUGGUAUUUGGUGCAAGCAUGGAAGCUAGUUUGCUAGCCACUGUCCUGCAUAAUGUCUCUAUAGGCCUCCUGUGCUCUGUCGAACACUAGUUGGCUGCGGCCACUGCUCAAUACUUCUGUCUCAUACUGUAUCUCCUUUUGCUCAGAGAGUAGUUCUCUGUGUUGACCGUUGUUGACUGUGUUCUCCCCACUGACUAACCGCCUACACAGGCACAAGGUGUCCGGAGGUCUUUCACUAGGAAGACUAAUUACCUUUAAGUCAACGAUUGAGCAAAUCAACGCUUUAGGUUUGCUUUACCUUCUACUGGUAAGGAUGUAUGCUGUGUACCCCCGUGUGUGUUCUCACACUACUCCCUACUUACGGUGCCUCGUUAGGCACUCCCUGUCUCCCUAUGUUGGACUGCUGCCAGCCAAUACCGUGUACCAAGGCGCGGUAUUUCUCACAUGCGUGCCGAAUACUUAGGGAUCUCUAGUUGAGGAGUUUGUCAGGUGGGACUUGAGGAAAGAUAGCGCAGGCGAGAGGAUGGGUUUCUCUCAGGUCUUCCUGAUUAGGGUUAUUCCUUGUUGUCUUGGAUUGCUGUGUUUGUUUUUUUUUGGGUUGCAUGGUUUAAACCUCCACUGUAGUCUGGGACAAUGGACCUUCAACAUAGUGCUUUAUCUAUUAAUAUGUUCCUGUGUGUUAUAUUGUCUAAUCUGUACUGUGUCGAAGACGACUGGGGUCAUGUAGGACCAGUGAACACCUGUCCAAUGUCUAUAUGUAGCUGGCAGAAUGUGUACUACUAGCCGCCACGUUUUGGACAAAGUGCAUCGAAAUAGAUCGUUUGAUGGCUCAACUUCCUUGCACCCCUUUAAGUGCACAUCACGCUUGUUUCCGCACACCUGUGCCCUCUUGGCUCAGUAACAGAUCAUCGUUGUCUCAUUCCUCUCCGUUGACUAGUGACGCAACAUGAUUGUGCACAAUGAAGUUUUUACACACUUCUCUGAAGCUGAUAGGCCUCUACUGCCCUCAUGUGGCAGAUGAGAGAAAUUACAGUGUUAACCCUGUUACGUUUACAUGUUGCUGUGUAGAUUAGAAUGACCUGUGAGCUAGCUGACCAAGCACAGUGGCACCAGGGAAGAGAAAGUACAUGAAUGCAUUUUCUCAUUAUUAACCAGUAUUUCUUUCAGGAUACCAGUGCUUGCAGGAUAUUUGUGGGUCCUUGAGUUUCACAGACAUAUUAGGCAUACACUGUAGGUCUCACUGCACCCUUACCUCGCUCUAGGAUCCUCACCCAUACCCUUGCCUACCUUUACCCUCUGGGUACCCCACCAAUCAAUGUGCUCUGACCUCUGAACGUUGACCUUUAUAACCUUCUGACCCUUACCGAUCUCUCCUCUCCUCCCUCUCACCCCGACCUGUGAGGACCCCUGAGCAUAGCUGUCCUCCAUUGUGCCUGUGUAGAGUUCCUCAGAUGAUCUUGUUUCAUGUUUGGUACGAGGAAGAGGAGGAAGGUGAGAUUAAGGGCUCCGUUGUGUUCUGCCUGCAGGCUGAACACGCAGGAACACGCACCUACUACUUCAGCGCUGAGACUGCCGAGGAACAGGAGGAGUGGAUUGACGCUAUGAACGAGGCUGCACACGUCCCGAUACAGCCUGCGCAGAGGACCACCAACUCCGAGGCCACCACGCCCACAGCGGAACUCCAUGGUAACACCUUGGUAACCAAAGGACCUGAACCACACACCCAGACACACACACACAUCGAGGACAACGGCCAGACGACUGACCUCCUAGACCCAGAGCGCGGAUCACGAGAACCCGCACAUCACAAGGUCAACGGGGUCGACGCCAUGGAAACGCCCCCUCCCUCCACCAGCCACUCAGAAAAGGAGGGGAGGAUGGGGGGAGAGAGAGGGGAUAGGGGGGAGAGAGGAGUGCUUGGACCUGGGGGUGCACCCCAUCACCAGCCCAAUGGGUGGGGCCCCUACGGCCCCCCAAACCAUGGAAACGGACCACCCCAGGGUAACGGGCGGCCACCCCUGGUACCUCCAGAGGGAGGGAUGAGAGAGGGGAGGGAGGUGAGGGAGCAGCCUGAGAAUGUGGUGCUGAGACGGGGUUUCGUGCCACGGACAAACCCUGAGAGACAGGCCCAGAGGAAGAGCUCCAUGACUCAGCUACAGCAGUGGGUCAACCAGCGCAGAGUCAUAGCUGUACAGGAGGACUUGAACAGUCCAUCUCAUUACUACACAGUGAACCGUGGCGUACCAGCUGACUACUACAGCGUCUACAGUAGCGUGGGGGGCGGUCCGGGCUACGUGGAGGAGUACCCCUUCUACCCUCCAGGCGUACGUCCUGACAGCAUCUGCUCCGUGUCCGCCGUGGGCUACGACCGCAUGGGCCCCCCUCGCUGGACCAACGAUGAGAAGAGACGCUCACUGCGUGACGGGCCUCUCUACGGACCCCCGCCCCCCCGAGACCCAUACGGCCCCAAACCCAGCCCUGCCUAUUACGACCAGAUGGAUGCAGCCCAGACUACCAUGAGGCGUCUGUCCAUCCAACCUAGGUCUAGGUCCGUUCCCAGGUCCCCCUCCUCGUCCACGGGUGGUCCCUACUCUCCCAGCCCCCAUAGCUUUGCCUCGCCUAUCUGCUCACCCUCGGCCCGGUUUGACAGAGGACCAGGCAGGCUACGGGAGGAUGUGAUCUAUGCUGACCCCUCUGUGUAUGGACUGAGGAGAUCACUGAGCUCUCCCAAGUAUGAUUACCCUGGAGACAGGAGGUCGCUAAGCCAAGGAAUGUACCACUACAACUACCCUGCCUCCCCCUCUCUACACAACAAAAUGGAGGACAUUUUAGACCUGCAGCUCCAGAGAAACCUGGAGUACCUCGAUCAACAGGUGACCGGGAGAGAUCACGUUAUCGGCAUGGUAACCAGAAUGGUGGAGAGAUCCUCCCCUAGAGCAAAGCUCUUCUCACAAGUGCCUCCGUUCCAUGACCCAUACAGGGAGCUUCACCCCACACUGAAACUCAAUGAGAUUGAGACCAGCAAACUCUUGGGUCGUCUGUGUGAGCAGAACAGGUUUCUAAAGGACCAGGAGGCAGUUGUUCACAGGCUGAGAAUGGACAAGGACAGCCUAGAGGGAGCGCUGGUGGCCACACAUCAGGAGAUGGAGCUGUACCGGGGUCAGCCGCUGGUUGCAGACAAACUACAGCUGAAGAAGGAGACACUGCAGAACCAGCUCAUCAACAUCAGAGGAGAACUCUCCCAGGCAUCCAGCGCUCUGACCACCACACGGAUGGAGUUUGAAGCUCUGGAGGACGAGGUCAACGCUAUCCAUGGGGACCUGUGGGAGCAGCUCAAUGCAGGCGGGCAGAGUGAGAUGGUCCAUAGACACAUUCAGAAGGAGUUCUGGAGAGUUCAGGAAGUGUGGGAGGGACUCCACAAGAGCAACCUUUCCAGAGGCACAGACACAGCCAAACACAGGGUGGCCAGUGGGGCAUCAGGUUCCUUUAGCACCAAUAGUCCUGCCAGUCCCCUGAGUUCAGUAAGCCUCACCAGUCCACUCAGCCCCUUCUCCCCAGUGCCCGGAUCCCAGGCUUCCCCCACCAAACAGCUGGGUCCGGAGGACAUUGGCCCGCCACGGCCACCACUUCCCAAAUCCUACUGCCCCCUGGAAACGCCCCCCUCCAUCCCCCCUCUGCCAUUCGACAGCUCCGCUUGGCCACGCAGCCUGGGCCUGGAGGAAGGUUACCUUGACGACGAAGAGUCCCACGGCAGAAAGCAAAAGUAUGGUUACCGACAGGAUGUGUCGCCGGGAGAACGGACCAAUAGCAACGAAGCUCAGGAGCUGGAUCAGGAUCGACAGGCCAACAUGAAUAAAGUGGGGAUUGUUCCUCCCAGAACUAAGUCUCCCAUGGAGGACCAGGGCCACUCCUACGACCAUGGAAUCACCCGACGCAACGGCAAGGUGCCCAAUGGAAUCUCCAGGGAGCGCCCGAAGAGUGCAGUGUUCCCUGCUGAGGUGAAGUCCAAGAUGAGCAUUGAGGAGCAGAACGAGCGUAUCCGUAGGAACCAGAGCAGCUCUGUCAGGGACAAGAGACGCAGCCUGAACCUGGGUAGCCAGGCAGGCAACAACUACAGAGUGGUGAAGCGGAGGCUAACAGCCCAUGAGGUGGACAUCAAGGACCUGGAGGCUGCAGUACGGGGCGGGGGUUUGCAGGAAUCACCCCGGGAGGAGAUUGCUCGCCUCAGACGGUUACAGAUGGAACCUGACCACUACGACCUGGACAUCAGCAAAGAGCUUUGUGCUCCAAACAAGGUUCUGAUCCCGGAGCGCUACCUGGAUGUGGAGCCCAACACUCCUCUCAGCCCAGAGGAACAGAAGGAGAAACAGAAGAAAGUAGAGAGGAUCAAGACUCUCAUUGCCAAAUCAAAUCUCCAGAAUGUGGUUCCCCUACUGGACGGUCCUACUGAGGGGGGCGGUCCUCAUCACCAUGGCAACCCAGAGCAGAAGAUCCAGGAGCAGGAGAAGAGGAUCGAGAUCUCCUGUGCUCUGGCCGCCGAGGCCUCGCGACGCUCCCGCCUGCUCUCCGCCCAGUGCGCCCCCAGCCCCCCCGCCUCCCCGGCCAACCUGGCCCCUCCCCCGUCCUGCACCGACUUCUCCGACUCCGUUCACAUCAUGAAGGUGUGAGUCUGUGAAGCUCAAGCUCUGGCUGCCGUCAAGUUUGACGGAGCGUCCUUCUGAGGAUCCACUGGAAUAUAAAGAAAAUGCCCAAAGAAACUGGUUAUAUUUACAAACUGGUUAAUCUCCCAGACCACCUGCCCGCCGGUGUAUAAACCCAAAUGACCUCCACAACAACACAACCGGAAACAUGAAGCUGUCACAGGAAGUUUGGGAAGUUGACCACCUGAGGACCUUUUCAAGGCAAACAGACUAUGAUGGAGGACCACACCUCCCAACAGAAGGGGGUCUAUAACGGCACCCUCCACUCUCUCUAUCAUUCACCACACUUACACAAUUCUUCUUAGUCUAGGCCUGGCAGAAAAUAGCUCCUCUAUAAGGGCAGGUAACGCAAACUAAACAAAUGCAAAUAAAACACAAUGCUGUAAUUUUUCACUAUUUUGGGGAUGAUGCGUUUGACACAGCAUUUGAUACUGCUAAGCUAGCCAGAAACCAGGGGGUGUAUACAGCACUCAAACAUGCUCUCCUCCAUGCUACACUGACAGUGGGACUGUUUCGACAGUUUUCUCCGUUACUCAGCUCAGGAAAGGUGUAUGCUAUAGAGAGAUUAGAAGGACCACAGAGACUAGAAGCCCAGGACAGUAGAGUUCUGUGACUGAACGGUUCAGGAGGGGACUUAUCGUACGUGAUGCACGGAUCUCUGUUAAGAUGAAGAGGGAUUAGGACUGCCGGAGCUGGACUUCAGGAAGAGGGACUGGGGAGUGAGAGCUUCUUAUUGGUGCAGAGAGCAGUAGAACCAAUCAGAGGCUGAUGUUACACUGUAACAGGAAAUGGUCACCGAGGAGGAGGCGGACAGAUGGUAGUUCAAGAGCCAUAAAGAGAGAUAUGAGCGGGAACAGUAACAUAACACAGGGUUUCCCACACUUGAUCCUGGGGCCCCCCUGGGUGGACGUUUUGGUUUUUGCCCUAGCACUACACAGCUGAUUCAGGAUCGAGUUUGGGGAAACCCUGACACAACAGGAAAUGGCCUCUUCAGAGCAAUGUAGUUUUGUCUCUGAUUGGCCCCCAGGUCAUUGUUUCAAACUCAGUUAAACAGGCCUUGACCUUCGACUUCCUGGCGUCGUCUUCAGAGGCCAUUAGUGGGAGAGCUGUACUGUAUGAAAGCACCCCCCCCCCCCCUCCACUCAAUCCAGUGGUCGCAGAACAUUGGUGUACAGCAGUGUUUGCAUGAGUCUCCCUUCGAUUCCUUCCAACACCUCUUAUCCCAGGUGAGGAACACACCUAUUGAACACCUAACCCACUGUGACGCCUGCCUCCCAACCCUUUCUCCAGGCUAGGCUACACCCCCUCUGUCCCCUUUCCCGUCCUACACCCAGGGCUGGCUGGGACCUAUAUACGUAUGUGUGUGACUGCCUGCAGGAAGACCUAUCCUGCCUCACUCUGAAACCACUGUUAGUUCUCUGGUAACUGUGUGUCUUGAUGUGAGUACAGCCCACACACCAUUGGCAUUAAAGCCAUUGGACUCCUCUUAGUUCUCUCACUGCUAUAAGACCUUACUUCAGUGGUACAGUAUGUCAAUAGAUACAUGUGUAGAUAAAAUCUCUCUAUAUCUACAUUUAUAUAUACAUACAGUACAGUAUAUAGUAUGUGGAAAGACGUCAGUAAAAGAAGUGACCUUAGAAUAAGUCUGCUAGUUGAAACACUUGUUUGUGUUAAGAUGGGCCAGCAACUUGCAUCACAGCCAACUUACAGUGUGUACAUAUCAGAAAGCUAAAUGCAUCCUACAUGUAUCAUAUCGCUAAUAUUAUACAGUGCUAUGUUGAAGACUGAACCUUUUUAGCAUAUAGAGGUCGUUUAUUCUGAUCAAUACGUUUUUACCUCUCCAAAUACAUCGAAUUAUUUUUCUAUGAGGAGUCACUUCUAACGUGAUCAACCACUUUGGGUGAGACAGAUAGAUAGACACAGAAAUAUAUAGACGUAUUGCUGUCCUGGUCAGGGUCGGAGGAACUCAUAUAUUAUACACAUAUAUGACAAGUCACUCCACAUUCUAAGUGGAGGAUGUAUCAUGGUGCAGUUAUGAGCAACAUACUCGUCCUCUUCCUGUCCUCUAAUAUAAGUUGCUGACCCAUCCUUUGCAUUUUGGCUGUCUCUUAAUAAGGAACAUUUGUUUGUCAGUCGAUCACUGUUUAGUGUCUCCAGAUUUAACCUGUGGCCUCUGAAACAGCAGCCCUUUUUUUAUUUCUGUCUUCAUUCCUCCCUCACAAUCCACCCAUCUUUCCUUCUCUGUCUUUUUUCCCCCAUUCCAUUCGUUUCUCCCCCUUUGUCAUAUUGGCUCAGAGGCAAUGCUGUGUCUGUAUUAGAAGAUAUCUUUCUUCAGACUCAAGCCACCGUGUUUGGAGGCAAGUUAAACAUUUGUGUACACAAAGCAGAUUAUUAAAAAAAAAAAGUCUGAAGAAAAUAGUUAUAUUUUUUUCUUGUUUGAGAAAGGGACAACUAAGGUCAGAAGAUGCAGUACAUAUUUUUUUAGACUCAUGGGUAUUUGAUGACUAAAAUAAGGUUUCAGCCGACAGGUUACAUUUUUAGCAUGUAAUCAGGAAUGUUUUGCGUUUUUCACAAUAUUGGGGGAAAAUGAUUAUUGCUAAAAUAUUUUUUUAAUUUGCUUUUAAGAUUUGUCUUGAAGGCCCUGGUUUAAAGAUGAUUUUGAAAAUAUUGGUAUUUUUGGAACAAUUGGCCUCAUAUGUGUUGAGAAACACAAAACAGCCAAAUACGGGGCGUCCAAUAUUUGAUAGAAAAUGUAGCAUUUAUGGCUAAUAAUGAUGUGGAAAGAUUUAGCACAUUGGUCUAUGUACAUAUUUCCCAUUUCAACUACGUAUAUCUUAAUAAUAACAUCAACUGUUGCUAUUUUGGCGAAAAUACACAAAAUGCUUGAACUAUGCAAAUAAAAAAGUAAAAUAUCAUAUGCUUGCUUUAGGAAAACCUUCUUGCAAUAAAGUGAAUGUAUACAAAUAUA